CCGCCCCGGCAGUUGGUGCAGCGGCUGUUGGGGUGAGUGCGCUCACCCCACCCCUCCCCUUCUCCGGUCCCGGCCCCCACCCCGCCGGGCCCAGCCCCAGCCCCGGUCCCAGCCCCGGUCCCAGCCCCGGUCCCAGCCGGUCCCGAGCCGGCGACGCCCCGGGCCGCCCGCCACCAUGGAGCUGGAGGACGGUGUGGUGUACCAGGAGGAGCCCGGCGGCUCCGGAGCCGUGAUGUCGGAGCGGGUGUCCGGCCUGGCCGGCUCCAUCUACCGCGAGUUUGAACGGCUCAUCGGGCGCUAUGACGAGGAGGUGGUCAAGGAGCUGAUGCCGCUCGUAGUGGCGGUGCUGGAGAACCUGGACUCGGUGUUCGCGCAGGACCAGGAGCACCAGGUGGAGCUCGAGCUGCUGCGGGACGACAACGAGCAGCUCAUCACCCAGUACGAGCGGGAGAAGGCGCUGCGCAAGCACGCCGAGGAGAAAUUCAUUGAAUUUGAAGACUCUCAAGAACAGGAAAAGAAGGAUUUACAGACCCGUGUGGAAUCUCUAGAAUCUCAAACAAGACAACUUGAACUCAAAGCAAAAAAUUAUGCUGACCAGAUUAGCAGACUUGAAGAAAGAGAAGCGGAACUGAAGAAGGAAUACAAUGCGUUACACCAGAGGCACACCGAGAUGAUCCAUAAUUAUAUGGAACACUUAGAAAGAACAAAACUUCAUCAGCUCUCAGGGAGUGACCAACUGGAAUCCACAGCGCACAGUAGGAUUAGAAAAGAACGCCCUAUAUCACUAGGGAUUUUCCCGUUACCUGCCGGAGAUGGGCUGCUUACGCCGGAUGCUCAGAAGGGCGGUGAGACCCCGGGCUCAGAGCAGUGGAAAUUCCAGGAGCUGAGCCAGCCGCGCUCACACACCAGCCUGAAGGAUGAACUUUCUGAUGUUAGCCAAGGUGGAUCUAAAGCUACUACUCCCGCAUCAGCAGCCAAUUCCGACGCAGCAGCCACCCCCUCCGACACUCCGCUGAGGGAGGAGAGUGAGGGGCUGGCAAAGGGCACAGACUCGCCAGCCAAGCCCGAGCUAAGCAAGCACAUUGAGGUGCAGGUCGCCCAGGAGACCAGGAAUGUGUCCACAGGCUCUGCCGAAAAUGAAGACAAGUCGGAAGUUCAAGCAAUCAUCGAAUCCACUCCCGAAUUGGAUAUGGACAAAGAUCUCAGUGGCUAUAAGGGUUCUAGCACUCCCACCGAGGGCAUAGAGAACCGAGCUUUCAAUCGCAACACAGAGUCCCUCUUCGAGGAGCUGUCUUCUGCUGGCUCCGGCCUCAUCGGAGAUGUGGAUGAAGGCGCCGACUUACUAGGGGAGUACUCUGGAAUGGGUCGUGAAGUUGAGAAUCUUAUUCUAGAAAAUACACAACUUUUGGAAACCAAAAACGCAUUGAAUGUGGUGAAGAACGACUUGAUAGCCAAAGUGGAUGAACUGACCUGCGAGAAGGAUGUAUUGCGAGGGGAGCUGGAGGCUGUGAAGCAGGCCAAGUUGAAGCUGGAGGAGAAGAACAAAGAGCUGGAGGAAGAGCUCAGGAAAGCUCGUGCCGAAGCUGAAGAUGCAAGGCAGAAGGCAAAAGAUGAUGAUGACAGUGAUAUCCCCACGGCCCAGAGAAAGCGGUUCACGAGAGUAGAGAUGGCCCGCGUUCUCAUGGAGAGAAACCAGUAUAAAGAGAGGCUGAUGGAGCUCCAAGAAGCGGUUCGAUGGACGGAGAUGAUACGGGCAUCACGAGAAAACCCAGCCAUGCAGGAAAAAAAAAGGUCAAGCAUCUGGCAGUUUUUCAGCCGACUUUUCAGCUCCUCAAGCAACACAACAAAGAAGCCUGAGCCGCCCGUCAACCUGAAGUACAACGCCCCCACCUCUCACGUGACCCCGUCCGUCAAGAAAAGGAGCAGCACCUUGUCGCAGCUCCCUGGGGACAAGUCCAGAGCCUUUGACUUCCUGAGUGAAGAAACCGAAGCCAGUUUAGCCUCACGCAGAGAGCAGAAGAGGGAGCAGUACCGGCAGGUGAAGGCGCACGUGCAGAAAGAGGAUGGUCGCGUGCAGGCGUUUGGCUGGAGUCUGCCUCAGAAGUACAAACAGGUGGCCAAUGGUCAAGGGGAAAAUAAGAUGAAACAUUUACCUGUGCCUGUCUAUCUCCGGCCUCUGGAUGAGAAGGACGCAUCCAUGAAGCUAUGGUGUGCUGUCGGUGUUAACCUGUCUGGUGGGAAGACCAGGGACGGCGGCUCUGUGGUUGGAGCAAGUGUGUUUUACAAGGACGUCGCUGCUUUGGAUACGGAAGGCAGUAAGCAGCGGAGUGCAUCUCAGAGCAGCUUGGAUAAGUUAGAUCAGGAGCUCAAGGAGCAGCAGAAGGAGUUAAAGACUCAUGAGGAGCUGUCCAGCCAGGUGUGGAUCUGCACCAGCACGCAUUCGGCGACAAAAGUGAUCAUCAUCGACGCUGUUCAGCCCGGCAACAUCCUCGACAGCUUCACCGUGUGCAAUUCUCACGUGUUGUGCGUCGCCAGCGUCCCGGGUGCACGGGAAACAGACUAUCCCGCCGGGGAGGAGCUGUCCGAGCCCGGCCAGGUGGACCAGGCAUCCCUGUGCGGUAGCGUGACGAGCAAUAGCUCGGCGGAGACGGACAGCCUGCUGGGGGGCAUCACAGUGGUGGGCUGCUCGACAGAAGGUUCCACAGGAGCGGCCAUGUCCCCUAGUACCAACGGCGCUUCUCCGUUGACUGACAGACCCCCAGUAGAAACGGAAGCGGAAGGUGGUGAGGUGGACGACAGUGUUCCCACCGCCGAGGAGGCCACGGAAGCCACCGAGGGCAACUCAAGCUCCACAGAGGACGCUGUGGACACCUCCCAGCCUGGCGUGUACACCGAGCACGUCUUCACUGACCCUUUGGGGGUCCAGAUCCCUGAAGACCUGUCCCCGGUCUAUCAGUCAAGCAAUGACUCGGACAUGUGCCAGGACCCCAUCUCAGCAGCGCUACCGAGUGAGCCGGACCUGGCGCGGGAGGAGGCGCAGAAGAUGAGCAGUGUCCUGCCGACCAUGUGGCUAGGCGCGCAGAAUGGCUGCCUGUACGUGCACUCGUCGGUGGCGCAGUGGCGGAGGUGUCUGCAUUCCAUCAGGCUCAAGGACUCCAUCCUCAGCAUCGUGCACGUGAAAGGGAUCGUGUUGGUGGCCCUGGCCGAUGGCACCCUCGCGAUCUUCCACAGAGGAGUUGAUGGCCAGUGGGACCUGUCCAACUACCACCUCCUGGACCUGGGGCGGCCGCACCACUCCAUCCGGUGCAUGACCGUGGUGCACGACAAAGUGUGGUGCGGCUACAGGAACAAGGUCUACGUGGUGCAGCCCAAGGCCAUGCGAAUAGAGAAAUCCUUUGAUGCACACCCCCGGAAGGAGAGCCAAGUGCGGCAACUGGCCUGGGUGGGCGAUGGUGUAUGGGUCUCCAUCCGCCUGGACUCCACACUGCGCCUCUAUCACGCGCAUACUUACCAGCACCUGCAGGACGUGGACAUUGAGCCUUACGUCAGCAAAAUGUUAGGUACUGGGAAACUGGGCUUCUCCUUCGUGAGGAUCACAGCUCUUAUGGUGUCCUGCAAUCGUUUAUGGGUGGGGACAGGAAAUGGUGUCAUUAUCUCCAUCCCGUUGACAGAAACCGUAAUCCUCCACCAGGGACGUUUACUGGGGCUGAGGGCAAAUAAAACCUCAGGAGCACCAGGAAAUCGUCCUGGAAGUGUCAUCCGUGUCUAUGGUGACGAAAACAGCGACAAAGUGACCCCAGGGACCUUCAUACCAUACUGCUCCAUGGCACACGCGCAGCUCUGCUUCCACGGGCACCGGGAUGCCGUGAAGUUCUUCGUGGCUGUCCCAGGGCAAGUGGUCAGCCCGCAGAGCGGCGGCGGGGGCACGGACCUGGUGGCUGACAGAGCGGGGCCCUCAGCGCAGGAGCCUGGCAGCCAGGCGCCCUUGAAGGCCAUGCUGGUCAUCAGCGGCGGUGAGGGCUACAUAGACUUCCGGAUGGGUGAUGAGGGCGGAGAAUCAGAGCUGCUGGGCGAGGACCUCCCCCUGGAGCCGUCUGUCACCAAAGCGGAGAGGAGCCACUUGAUCGUGUGGCAAGUGAUGUGUGGCAGUGAGUGAGCCCCAGAGCUGCAGGAGCGGGCGCCGUGUCUUCUGCAUGGUUCAUUUUACUUUCUCCCCUUCUCCCGUGCGCUCAGUGUUCACACACACCACGGGAGCAUUUCCGCCUGCUAACUCUGUGCCUGGAACCUGUCUGCCCGCGCAUCCCGGGAGCUCACGUCCUGCUGCACCAGUGUUACAGGCAGUUUUCGCGUCUUAGGAGCCACUCGGAGCGUGCCCACUGCUGCCAACUGGAGACUGGAGCAACCAGAUGUGGCCGUCCAGCCCCGGCCAGGGGCACGCGCUUCACUCAAUGGGGUCACUGCUUAGCUGUCACUAAUAAUGGAAUUAAUGGGAAACACUUGAUACGUGGAACUGUACCAUUAGGUACAAGAGUUCUCCCCUGUGUAUUAUAAAAUUGACACACUAAUGGCAGAUGGUCAGCAGAUUUAUCUAACUGUCCCAAGAGGGCCAAAAGCUAACUGUAAAUUAACGUUCACUUUCAAGUCUGACAAAUCUUGUUUAUAUGGUAUAUAAAACUUUGUUUUCAGCAGAUUUGGGGGUUUUAUAUUAAAGAAAUUAAGACUACACUAUUUAAAUAAAAUCUCCUCUUUCUGUUUUAUUAGAGCUCUAAAGUUUCUGAGGCCUGCUUCUCAGAAAAUUCCGAUGUUUUCACUAGUUGCACUCAAUUCCAUGCUGACAUGGCUGAGAGGCUGCUUAUUUACAAAGCUGAGAUGACCUCUGGAGAAAUCAGAAGAUGCUUAAGCAUCAGGAAGUUUUUAAAAGGAGUUGUGUUUUGUAUACCUGGUUCUGGCAGACGGAGGUGGUUGGUCCAUGUUUGGUUUUAUUCCAUGUCAAACUGCACCUGUCUGCCCUUGUUCUGGCUGUGCAGAGCUGCUGGUGACGGCUGACCCGCAGCAGCCUCAGCCCUGGCUGACUGCCAAGGUGGGCGGGGAAAGCUGUUUCCUUCUGUUCUCUGUGAUGCUAAGGCCACACAUAAGGCCAGGACUGGCACCACGUCUUCUUACAGUGUCCUCGUAAAACUGAUUGGAGUCUGGGUUUUACUGAUUUUCUUGCUCAGUGUGUUUUUUAAAACCGUGAUGCUGUAGUGUUAACCCUCUCCAACUUCCUGAACACGUGUGAUGUACCAUUUUCCCCCCAUUACUCGAAGCUAAAUUACGGCUUCAUGUGCUAUUUUAAAAAUGCAAAUCUAUAGAAAGAAGGUCCCCCCAGUCAUUGGAAGGACCAUUGAUCCGGCCCUGCCGCUCCCUACAGACCGUCCAAGAAAAGCAAGCAAACCCAGGUCUCUUAACUGUCUAGACAUUAAGUGCCAGCAAUUUUUCUCCUGAACCGUUGUGCAAAAAUAUCUAUAAAAUGUACACCCGCAACUUUUACACGUACCCAUAUUUAGGCUGGAAUUUAAAAUCAUGGGACUGGACGAGCCAGGGAGGCCUUCGGGUCCACUUAGCCACAUGCGUCUAUAAGCACAUUCGUGUACACAGCAGAAUCGUGGCCGUGUGGGUUUUAGGAGGGAGCCUGGACAAACGCUGCAUUUGGAGGAUAAUUGUUUUGCUUGAACUACUACUUACUCACUUUUCUUUGAGACAAAACUUAGGCCACUUUUCCAUAGCUUAAUUACUAUGUUCUUCUUUUAUUUUAAGCCCCCUUUUUUUGGCAAUACCUAGCAAAAAGCAUUAUUAAACAUUUGUUGGAAAUUGUAAAUUCCAAAGGAGAUGCCAAAGUGUGGGGAUUUUGAGGAAGUGUCCCAGAGGCAGGACUCACAUAUGUGCCUGGCGGGCACCUGGGGAGUCAGCACCUGAAGAUAGCAGGUGUCCCCGUGUCACCGUGGUGGUGAUUGCUUUACCUUGAGGACCACAGGUGUACAUCUUACUACAGAGGACGGUUAUCCGUGGCCCUGUUCAUUCAGGUACCAGGAUGGACACAAUGCCCAGUUUGUCCUGAAGGUUUGGGUGUGUGUUUGUAAUGUCAGCUAAAAUUUUUCUGCAGGCUGCUUCCCUUCCUCUUUCCCCAAUGACAGGUUUACAUCCCACGACAUUGACUUUGGUCACAGUGGUAACCUCUGUGAGAGAUGGCAAAUGUCAGCCAUUGCCAAGCAGUGUGGGUGUAAAGCGCCCAUAGCUAGCACCUUGGCUCAGUCUCCCAAGGAGGAAACUGGGAACCGAACGAGAACCCCUCUUCCUGGCCUUUUAACCUUUGUGUGAGGCCGUGAGGUUCCCAGUGUUCUGCAGUUGCUGGUCUCCAAAACGGCACCAUGUGGGCUACAGCCUCAUGUUCACUGUCACGUGCAGGUCAGCAGCUCUGCAGAAAGAGAGGAUGUUUUUAGGGACUCACUCGAGUGCUUCUCUCCAACCCGUGUGGAUCUAAAGCGCUGCAAUAGGAAUGAAUCUCUUACAAGCCGCAGCUUUUUGAGAGUGUGAGACAUUCUUAGCACAAAAUAUGCAGCACACGGCAUUUCCGAAAGGUGAAACGUGUUUGCAUAGACGGCGUUAAAAUCCGUGCUCUCGGCUGCGUCCGCGUUCAUCUCCUAUGCUACAGAGCUCCCCACAUCUGGGAAGGAACCCCAGCAUCGGCAGCCUUAGUAACUGAACAGCAGGACAAGCGUCUCAUGGUGCGAGCCAUCCUCGAGAGCCAGGUCCUGCCAGCCCUGUGGGUCUCAGCAUUUCCCGUGCCAUGACUGCUACCAAGGGACCGAGCCGGCACCCGGGCCCUCUCCCUGGGCGGUGCCCAGGAGGGGACACCCCCAUCCUGCUGCGUAGCGUGGGCAGGGGAGAAAAGCUCAGAGCCGUGGACCUUUUCUAACAGGGUCGUGAUGUUAUGUAACACUAAAUGUCUUUUCUUUCUAUCAGAAGUUUUGUUAAUGCCCUCGUCCUGCGUUCUCAGCAUCGGGUAAAUUUCAGCCGUUCCGUUCUCAGUGUGCUUCCGUGCUAGCAUCUGACCCGGGUUCUCUUCGCCUCUGCAGUCGGGUGCUAUGCGCGCCCACCUGCUGCCUGGCAGAGGCGAGGCUCGUCGCUGGGAGCAGGAAGCUCUUUAGCAGUGUAGUCAUUUCAGUAUUUAUUUCUAUUAUGGAAUCCCUGGGGUUCGGAAUGUAACUUUGUACAUGAAAUAUAUAUAUAAAUAUGUAUAUGAAACACC